GCCACACUGUAACAGGGCGACAUUACAUCGUGAGUUGUCGCUGAAUAAUACUGAGGCAGACACAGAGCACAGGCCCGCAGAUUUAAUAACAACACAGGCACCAACAAUAGGGUACCAACAAUGGUAAUCCUAGCACCGGCUUUAAUAAAGAAAAGAAAGCCAAAAAUAAAAGUUUACACACAAGGCGAGUGCUAGUCCCACUGAAAGGAACGUCCUGCUCCAGGAGCCUACUGCACUACGCAUACCCUCUCUACACUGUUUGGGAUCAUCAUCUCCUAAACUGACCUACUUCUGGGCUCCCGGAGUCCCGGCAUCCUUACGGCGACUCCAGCCUCUUCAAACGGCCUCGGCUGGGCAGUGCCUUCACGAGCACCGUCUUGGAGUGAAGAGUUUCGCCAUGGAGCAGACGCGCUCCUCCUUGAUGUCAACACAGCAAGCUUUGGCUCAGCGCCCGUCUGUAGGGCUGUGGCCGUGCAGUAGCCUCGAGCUAUGACGCAGACCCUUUUUGAGCUGCAUGCUGGCUCCCCUGGCACACCCCCAGCCAAUCAGGACCUCCCAAUCAACUCGGCACCGUGCGAGCCCACCUGCUCAAUUAGUUGCUUAGAAACGCAUCUCAGCUGCUUCCAUAAAGGCACACAUGCACUCAAGAACCAGCGACAGGACUCCCCCUGUCACACACAUACAUCUCUGCUUCUGUUUGUCAGGGGAGGAUUUCAUAUGAUGCCCACAUUACAUACUUAGAAACAACACCAGGCUGUGGAUUAUACAAUUAGAGUUGUUGGUGUAAGGGGUAGAAGCUAGUACUGUACCCAGUCUUGGAAUUUUAGAAUUGCACUGUUAGGUAUCUUAUUUAGCCAGUUUCAGCCAUCAGAUCUGUGCUAAAUAAAGUUUAAUUUAUAAAUAGAAAAUAUUUUAGGAAAACAAAUGUGUUUAAUGUACGUUUUUAGAGUUUCUGGCUGAUUUGAACUAUGAAAGUGGUUAUACCUACCAAAAUAAUUCCAUACAUGUUACCUGUCAUGCCAUCUGGUACUACAUGAGUUUAAUGAAGACUGCAUGUGGAUAAGAAACACGAGAACAUUUACAAACGAGGGCAGACAAUUCAUCCAUCAGCCCUCACCCUGUUCCUUGUAGCUGAUUGAUCAUAGAACUCUCUCAAGUUGGGUCUAAAGAAUCUCAGUGAUUCUGCCUGAACAACAUGACUAGGUAACCCAUUCCAUACCCUCACCACUCUGUGUGAACAAGUGUCUCCUUCCCUCUGCCCUCUGGUCCUUGUUUCUGUGCUGUCCUAUAUAAAGUAUUGACUAAGGGUUAACUCUGUCAACUCCUUCAAGAGUUUAAAGACUUCAGUCCCCCCUCCUUCUUCAAUAUUCGAGGCAGAAUCGGUUCUUUCAGCCUAUCUUCAUAGCUCAGUCCAGGAAGUCUGUUACUGCUUUUCUUCCUGGGUCAUUUCACCCAGUGGUGUCUUUGGGGUCAAAGCAUGUUACUGGCUGAAAGCAUGUCAGCCAUUAUGUGAAACAGCUGGUUACAAUUUCACUCUCCAUCUGAAAUGACCUAGGAAGUGCGAGACAGUGUAAAAGCAUGGCUUGCAAACAGAGAUUCUUACUCCGUCUGAUGAACUGCACACACGAUGAACUCUGGUUUUAUGGAGGAGGGACACUGACUUUGGCGCUAAAAAAUGAUUAUAUCAAUGAUCUCUGGGUAAGAGAUCGGUUUGUUCUCCUGACACAAGCAACAUGGAGACCGGGAGUUCACUUUGUGUGUGGAGUUCAUCAUCCUACGAAGAAACCAUACUACAGGGCGUGUGCUGUCACAGCACUCCAUGAUGUCAGUGCCUACCUCACACAGGAGCAAGGACAAGUUGCGGUUUUUGAUGCCACCAACACUACAAGAGACCGCAGGGAGAUGAUCCUCAGCUUUGCCAAAGAAAACGGCUACAAGGUGUUUUUCGUGGAGUCCAUUUGUGACGAUCCAGACAUUAUUGCUGCAAAUAUAACGCAAGUGAAGCUGACGAGCCCUGACUAUGAAGACUGUGACAGGGAGGAAGCCCUGGAAGACUUCCUCAAGAGAAUCGAGUGUUAUAAAACCAACUACCUCCCGCUGGACGACGAGCGAGACAGGAGCCUGUCCUACAUUAAGAUUUUCAACGUGGGCAGCCGCUACCUGGUGAACCACGUGCUGGACCACAUCCAGAGCCGCAUCGUGUACUACCUGAUGAACAUCCAUGUGACCCCGCGCUCCAUCUACCUGUGCCGGCACGGAGAGAGCGAGCUCAAUGUGGUGGGGCGCAUUGGAGGCGACUCUGGGCUCUCCAGGCACGGGAGCAAGUUUGCCAGUGCACUGGCUGGUUUCAUCCAGGAGCAGUCCAUCAAGGAGCUGAAGGUGUGGACCAGUCACAUGAAGAGGACGAUCCAGACUGCGGAGGCCCUGGGGGUCCCAUACGAGCAGUGGAAAGCACUCAAUGAGAUUGAUGCAGGUGUGUGUGAAGAGAUGAUGUACGAGGAGAUCCAGCAGCAUUACCCUGAAGAGUUUGCUCUGAGAGACCAGGACAAGUACCGUUACCGCUACCCGAAGGGAGAGUCGUAUGAGGACUUGGUGCAGAGGCUGGAGCCUGUGAUAAUGGAGCUGGAGCGCCAGGAAAAUGUUCUGGUGAUCUGCCAUCAGGCCGUCAUGAGGUGUCUGCUGGCCUACUUCCUGGACAAGACUGCAGAAGAGCUUCCUUAUCUUAAUUGCCCACUUCACAGUGUGCUGAAACUCACCCCAGUGGCUUACGGUUGUAAGGUGGAGUCCAUAUUCCUCAACAUUGAAGCUGUAAAUACCCAUAGAGAUAAACCAGUGAAUGUAGAUGUGUCUCGUGAAUCAGAAGAGGCCUUGGAUACAGUCCCUGCACAUGUAUGAGAAGACUGAGCAAGGGAGCCAGUGAAUGUCUGAACAUCUGAACAUCUCACUCUUCAUCUUCAGAAUUGUUUCUCAUAGCCCUGCCGGCCACUGUACUCUGGUACCUUUAAAAAUAUUAACUGUUGCAUACUGUCAUUAAUUUGUACACAACUUUGUGCAGAAGAAAAGUGGACAAUUACCACUGCGGAAAUAAGUAAGGUCUUGUUGAGUGACUUCAAACCAGAAGUCACUUGGAACACAACCAGUGUGGCCCCCCAGGGUGUUUUAGUGCUGUGGUGCACAAACUGGAACUCACUUAUAUACACAGAUAACAUGUUCAGGAAAUGUUUGUCAAUGCAAGAUACAGAUUCUGAAAGGUAUUAUUGCUAUAACAAUGUGUAAACCAUUUUAAUGAAAGUUUUAUUGUUAACCAUUUCAGGAAGGAUGUCCUAAACAAACUUGUCUGUUACAAUCAUCCCCGCCACGGCUUUGAAUGUAAUAUUAGAGCCGUCUCAUGAAAUCGCAACCGAUAUCCACAACGUACAGUUUGCCAUGCUCUCAGAUUUCUGAUGCUCUCAAUAGCUUAUGCUUGUGACAGUUUAAUCAUAAUGCUUCACGAGAUACAAGUGCAAUCACAUUGUGGCACAGACCUGUAUACCUCCAGGCUUCAUGGUAAAUCAAAAUGGCCAUUUCUAGUUUCAUUACAAUGGAAACGUGGUUUUAUAGAUACAGUAGAACAGAAGAACAUUUACGAAUGAGGGGAAGCCAUUUGGCCUAUCUAAGAUCGCCCGACCCAGUAGCUGUUUGAUUUCAAAACAUGGUCAAGUCAGAUCUUAAAGGAUCACAGUGAUAGGCGGCUCCCGAGUGGCACAUCAAGUAGGCGCUCCGCGUGGAGUGCAGGAUGUGCCUUAUAGUCUCAAUGUCGCGAGUUCGAGUCCAGGCUAUUCUUUUGCCGACCGAGGACGGGAGCUUCCAGGGGGCGGCGCUCAAUUGGCCGAGCGCCGCCCGGGGGGAGGGAGUGCUAAGACAGGCAGGGUGUCCUCGGCUCACCACGCACCAGCGACCCCUGUAGUCUGGCCGGGCGCCUGUGGGCUUGCCUGUAGGCUGCCCAGAGCUGCGUUGUCCUCCGACGCUGUAGCUCUGGGUGGCUGCAUGGUGAGUCCGCAGUGUGAAAAAAAGCGGUCGGCUGACGGCACACGCUUCGGAGGACAGCGUGUGUUUGUCUUCGCCCUCCCGAGUCAGCGCAGGGGUGGUAGUGGUUAGUCUAAAAAUAAUUGGCCAUUGCAAAUUGGGAGAAAAAUAAUAAAAAAAUAAUUGGCAACGACUAAAUUGAAAAAAAAAAAGUAUCACAGUGAUUCUGCCUCAGCAGCAUGUCUUGGUAACAUAUCUUGUGUAUGUCUCUGGAUGUCUGCUGACCUGCAUAAUUGUGAGGACCCGGUUCUUCAUCAUAUUUUAGGAGCCAGUUAUUAUUAUUAUUAUUACUUAUUUCUUAGCAGACGCCCUUAUCCAGGUCGACUUACAAUUGUUACAAGAUAUCACAUUAUACAUUAUUUCACAUUAUACAGAUAUCACAUUAUUUUUACAUACAAUUACCCAUUUAUACAGUUGGGUUUUUACUGGAGCAAUCUAGGUAAAGUACCUUGCUCAAGGGUACAACAGCAGUGUCCCCCACUGGGGAUUGAACCCAUGACCCUCCGGUCAAGAGUCCAGAGCCCUAACCGCUACUCCACACUGCUGCCCCUAUAUGUCAUGAAACACUGCAGGUAGUCCUCAUACUGUGCAUAUGAAUGUUAUUGGAUUGGCAUGAAACUUUCUAGUUUACCUUGAUGCAUUAUCUCAGGGAUUGGUCGCACUCUAUUGUUGGAAGCAUUUGUCUGAAUUUGAUGGCAGGUUCAUUACAAGUGAAUAUACGAUCCAUGGAAACUCUGCCACUGGAGACAUCUUUCAGGAUCACUUUUUAAUGUUUUAUUUUGUGUAAUUUUUGUUACUUUUACGGUUUUCAAUACGUAUUAAGUGUAAAGGCAGGAAUUAAAGUGUGGAACUGCCUAGCUAUACUUUACAACGGAAUUUAGAUUUAAUCCAGGCCUUGUUACAAAUUUAAAUGUAACAAAAGAGACCCCGGUCGACAAACCUCUACAAAGCAUGUUCUUCUGUUUAUUUCAUAGUUUUCCCUCUGAAGUCAUGAUUAUUCUUAGCAGAUGGUAAUGAAAGGAAUUGGACAAAUCUGUUCUUUUCAUAUUGUAUUGAGUUGACUUUUUGAUGCCAUUAGAAACUCAUCCAUAAAUAUGAGCACGCAUUAUAUCCGAAGACACUAAUACCACGUUUCCAUUGUCAUACCCAUACGUAUGCCGCCCAGGUAUGGGUAGGAUCAGGUCGGAUACAUUUCCACUGCAUCAACAUGAGGAGGAGAUAUGAGCUGCUGCUUUGCAAAGAAUAGUUUCUUUAAAUCCUCAGAAUAGACGCCUAAGAUGAUUAAAUGUGUUUUGCCCAGUUACACCCUGAAGUGAUUAAGUCAUACUUGAAAACCAAGCGCUGCUCAUAAGAAUAUCGCGGGUUUAUGAGAACACGUCGGGGGGAAAUCGGAAGCAGUUGCACAUGACUAAAAAGAAUAAUGUUGAAAUCACAAGAGCUGCUGUUAUCAGGACACUGCCCCCUUAGUUUGUUGAUUGCUAGCUCAAUGUUUUCAGCAUAUCUCCCAUCUACAGCACCAAAUGCUAUCUGUAUUUCUAAACUAUUGUGCUGUUUGCAGGUGUAAAGCCCAGGAGACAAUGGGUAUUCUGGAUGUUUCUGUGUUUCCCAGAGUAUACCUGGGUAUCACUUUUUUGCAGGUUUUGACCAGCUGAUAAAAUAAAUAAUUGUCUUGGUAUGUAUGCUGUUCAACGUGAAAAGCAAAGACUACCUUAACCAUUAUGCUCAUGUCUUGCCUGAAAAUGCUUUCAGACAUUUUGUAAAGGUACAUGCUUCUAGAAAUAUUGUAAUCUUCUAAAGUAGGGUAGAAAACAAUUACAGCUAGAAAGUAUUAAUACAGAAAUGAGAUUAUAUUGAACACGAUUGACUUUUCAUUCGAUUUGAAUGUGACUUUUUAUUGUACAUUGAGUUUGGGAUCUAACAAUGAAUGAAGGGGAUUAUUGUGGUGUAUCAUUUUGAGUGUAUUGAUGAAUGGAGCGAAUUUUGUGGUGUACCAUUUUUAGUGUAUUGAACAUACAGUAAGUCAUUAGUACCAAAUGGUAAUAGAUGUCAUUUUAUUUUUUUAAACAAAUAUACUAUGGUUACACAUUAUAACGUGUUCCAUAGUAAAAGCAUAGCAAAGUGUAAUAAAGCACGGUGAAAGCAUUGUAAAUCACAGAGAGGUAUGGGGAAGCAUAUUACAGCAGCAUGGUAAACCUAUGCAUGCUACAAGUGCAAAAAUACCAUGCUAACCAUGAUAGAAGUGCAGUACAUUGUAUUACAUUAGUGUACUGAUUUAACAAUGAAAGUGAUGGAGUGUAUUUAGAUGCAACACGGCCUUGUAAAGUAUUUUUUCUGUGGGCACUGAUUACACACGCACAUUUCAGUCCUUUGUGUUAAUGUUUCAUUAAAUACCUUCGUUUACAGUUUUGCAUUGCUGCAGAAGCACAGAUAAACAGAAUGCAAUUGGAGGUUGAGGUUUGCACACAGCAUCGCUCUCUCUUUCUCUGGUGUUCUGAUAAUGGGAGGUUGCCCAAGGCGAUGACUGACUGGAAAUCUAUGACUGUUGAAAUGAUUAAACCAUUUAUGUGUCAUUUUUUUUAUGGGUUAAAUACCUUUCAAUUUCAAUGUGCCUUUUAUAUUAUUAUGAUGAUAAUAAAGGAAAUAAUUUUAAAACCGAU